AAAAAUAAAAGAUUGCAACUUGCUUUUUCAUUUACAAAGUUCAUAUUUGUCGCAUCAGUAGUUUUAAAAUAUUGUACACAUAAAUACUUUAAAAUUUAAAUAAAAAUAAAUAAACAAUACUCAAAAUUAAGAGAGAAGACUGCGGUUUGACUAGCUCAAGCACCUACUGCAGUCAGGCGUAUAGUAGUGCGAGUUAUUAUAUCCAGGUGCUCAAUUUAUAAUGUUUGUUACAUCAUAUCUGUUACAUCUUAUGUGAUAUAUAGUUUGCUUGUUCGGAACUAAUAUAGAUUUUCACACGAUAAAUCAAACACUUUGCACGAGUCUAUAAGAGAAAUAAUAAUCACGUUUUGUUAUUAUAUUAAUUGAAAACUGGCAAAAAAUUUUAACAAGUUAUGACUGAGAGAUUGAAAAAUUUUGAAAAUAACAAUAAAAAAUUAUUGGAAAUGAAAAUAAAUGAUAGUGAUAAUGAAAAUAACUCAGUGAAUGGGAACAAUGAAUUUUUAGUGAAAUAUCGUGGUAAAAAUUAUGAGAUUAGUGAUUUUUUAAAAAAACAUCCUGGUGGUAGUAAAAUUUUACAACCAUUCAAAGGAUUAAGCCUCGACGAUGUUUUAAUUCAAAAUCCACAUUCUGAAGCUGCUCUACAUAUUUUUCAAGAAUUCGUCAAAGAAAAUAGAGACGACUAUGACAGUAUUGAGAGGCUUAUUGAUUGGAAUUCACCAAUUUUAUAUCAAGUGGGUUCACUGGCUGAAAAUUAUUGGAAAUGGGUGAAUCUACCAGUAAAUCGAUCAAUUCGUCUUUUUCGCUCAAAUUUUUUGGAAAGUAUUACAGUCACCCCUUGGUUUAUUGUACCAAUCGUAUGGAUACCAAUAUCACUCUAUUAUUUUUAUCUCGGAUGCUUGACAAAUACUUCAGGUCAUUUCAUUUAUUUUUUGCCUAAAAUUUUUAUUGCCUUUUCCUGUGGAAUUUUGUUGUGGACCUUUCUUGAAUAUAGUUUACAUCGAAAAUUAUUUCACAUGAAACCACCAUCGAAUUCCAAAUUUCUCAUUACUCUGCAUUUUAUUUUACAUGGAGUUCAUCACAAGGCACCUUUCGAUAAUCAAAGACUGGUUUUUCCACCUUUACCUGCUGCAAUAAUUGCAUUUAUUUUAUUUAAUUUGUAUAAAUUAUUAUUCCCUCAAUUAUUUAUGCAUUUUGUAUUAUCGGGUGCAUUAACAGGAUAUUUAUGUUACGAUUUAAUGCACUAUUAUUUGCAUCAUGGUUCUCCCAAGGCUGAUACUUAUCUCUAUGAUAUGAAACGUUAUCAUAAUUAUCAUCAUUUUUCACACCAUGAUAUCGGUUUUGGAAUAAGCACAAAACUCUGGGACUAUAUCUUUGAAACUAUAAUUCAUUUACGAAGACUCGCAAAGUCUAUUGAAUGGUAAAUAAAAGAAUUUAUUUUUUUUCAAAAAAUUACUUUAUUUUUGACAUUUUUUUUUUUUUUUGUUUCUUUUUAUACAGUGUAAAAUAAAAGAUAUUAUAAUUUAAUUUAAAAUGUAGAAUAUAAAACAAAAAAAUGCAUGUCAUGUUGUGGCUUAUAACUAUUA